UGUGUUCAGUUGGAGUGGGGUUUCGGGAGUGUGGCGUCGUCUCGCUCUCACAGGCGGGUGCUUUGGCGUUUUCUUCACCCCCGCCUAUUUAAGUCGCUUAUUUAACCGGUUACCUUUUUCGCUUGGAUAAACUUUUCAAGGAAAAAUAUCGUUUAUGGUCCUGGCUGAAGAUCUGACGAUGUCUCGCACCGACGAGGUUCACCGUUUGACGGAGAAUGUCUACAAGACAAUUAUGGAGCAGUUCAACCCCUGCUUACGCAACUUUGUGGCCAUGGGGAAGACCUAUGAGAAGGCCCUUGCCAAUGUCACAUUUGCUGCCAAAGGCUAUUUUGAUGCUCUGGUCAGAAUGGGUGAACUGGCCAGCGAAAGUCAAGGAUCUAAAGAUUUGGGGGACGUGCUGUUCCAGAUGGCUGAGGUCCACAGGCAGAUCCAAGUGCAGCUAGAGGAGAUGUUGAAGUCGUUCCAUAACGAGCUCCUGUCUGAGCUGGAGAAGAAGGUGGAGCUUGAUGCUCGUUAUCUCACUGCUGCUCUGAAGAAGUACCAGAUGGAACACAAAAGCAAAGGCGAGAGUUUGGAGAAGUGCCAGGCUGAGCUGAAGAAACUGCGCCGUAAGAGUCAAGGCAGCAAGAACCCCUCAAAGUAUGGAGAGAAGGAGAUUCAGUUUGUGGAGACUAUAAGCAGUAAGCAGAGUGAGCUGGACACCUUUAUCGCUGAGGGAUACAAGACAGCACUGUCGGAGGAGCGUCGCAGGUACUGCUUCCUAGUGGACCGCCAGUGUGCCGUGGCCAAGAACAGCAGUGCUUACCAUGGCAAGGGUAAGGAUCUGCUGACACAGAAGAUCCCAAUGUGGCAGCAGGCCUGCUCCGACCCCAACAAGCUGCCAGAGCGGGCCAUGCUGUUGGCUCAGCAGAUGGGCUCUGGUGCCCUUGGCGGCACGAGCCCCCUGCACACCUCCAAAUCUAAUCUGGUCAUCUCAGACCCGAUCCCAGGGGCCACCCCUCUUCCCGUGCCCCCAGAGCUGGCCGUCUUCAUGGGGAGUGGCCUUGGACACCAGGCGAGGCUGAUGGGUCCUGAAGGUAUCUCCAUGGUCAAUGGGACAACAGGAGUCCCUGGGGAGGAAUACUGGACUGAUGGAGGAACCUUGUCUGUGUCCCAAGUCAGGCCUUCAUCUCCUCAGACCCAAGCACAGGGUCAGUCCCAGACCCAGCCCCAGAGACAGGUCAGCGACGUAUACUCCAACACCCUUCCUGUCCGCAGGCCUGCUCCCCCCAAGAAUAAGAAUCCUGUGGGAGAGACGAGGACCCUGCCCAGGUCCAGUUCCAUGGCAGCAGGUCUGGAAAAGAACGGGCGCUCCCGUGUCCAGGCCAUCUUCUCCCAUGCCGCCGGCGACAACAGCACUCUGCUCAGCUUCUCCGAGGGAGAUGUCAUCACUCUGCUUGUGCCUGAAGCCCGCGAUGGCUGGCACUAUGGAGAAAAUGAGAAGAACAAGAUGCGCGGCUGGUUUCCAUUCUCCUACACACGCGUGCUGCCCGACAGCGACGGCGAGAAGCUCAGGGUGAACCUGCACCAUGGGAAAAGUAGCAGCACGGGGAACUUGUUGGAAAGUGAUCCGACAGUGCCCACGCCCGACUAUGGCCUGACCGCCCGGCUGCUAGCACAGAGCCUAGCACAGGCUCGGCCACGUCCCUAUAGCAUGGCAGCCUUUGGUCCACAGCCUGCAGUUGAGGAUUAUGAUGGUCGCUUUGCCACAAGUUUGGGUCCAGAAUUGUCCCGAUUCUGAGGCAACAGGACCUCUUGACUGUCCCCUGGAGGUGUACCUCCGGCCCACCUUCGCCGACGACCGAUCUGCAACCAUCUUCUACUAGCGACGCCGGCGUCACCUCUUCUCCACUCGUGUCAUCCCCCCCCUUUAAUCUCCCUUUUAAUCUCUCUUUUCAUAAGGCGAGGAAAAGGGCCCAGAGGUGUGAGUGGAGAAAGCAGUCACCUCAAGGAACCUGUUACUCUUCUUAUUUAGAUCACAGUAGUUAGCGUUUUCAAGUGAUGUCAUCAGUCUGUACACAUGAAUAUUUCGCUGCACUUCUGUCUUUUGUUUUCCAUCCGCUAUUCACUGUAACUUUUGAGGAUUAUUUACAACGGACUGACAGUGAGGAUGCUGAUCUCAAACACUGGCUUUGGCGGUGCUUUAUUGCUGGGUCACAAGCACUGAAGACACUGUCCGCCAUAUUGUUUCACCCAAAACUGCUUUUUGUCAUCUUCAUAAAAUUACAGCAGCAUCUUCUGCACAGACUCAAGUGUAGGAUCUAGUCAUGUGCACAAACAAGUACGUGUGGGUUAAGCAGAGAUUUCUACUGCAAGAUUUUUGUCAUUUUAUUUUGUCUCUGUGCAAGGUGUGGGUGUACUGUUGUCAUGGUAAUUGAGGUAGCUACUCUUUGAGCAUGAUGUGUGUGAUUGUAUGAGUGCAGCUGUCAAAUUCAGUGUGUCAUGUCUGGACCACAUCAUGCAUGUAAGGACUAAACCGUUUAGACCAGAGGUCCUCACAUUAUUUGAAGUGCCAUCAAUUUAUCUGGAUGGAGGACCAUUGGUCAGAAGUAAAUGCUGAUGUGAGAAUUUACAUACAUAUUUAAAUAUAUUAUUUCAUAGAAAAUUACCAGGAGAAAUCUAAAAUAAAACACUACUCUUUAACUUGCUGAACUGUAAUUUAUUAAAUUGCAUUGUCAGCUGCCACAAUAGGCCACCAUAACAGGAGUCCCAGUCACAUGUGCAUUUGAGACUAUUGACAUGAGUGCUAUAAGCUUCCGGUUUGCUUUAUAAAGUUCAUUAGAACAAAACUAUUUCUUACCACACACCCAUAUCAUGAUUUUAUCAAAACUAGCAUUAUUCCUGACUUGCGGCACAUUUUUGUUGUUGUACUGUGGCUGUAAUUGUGUGUUAUAAAUGGUAUGUGCAUUUAAAUUUGUAGAUGAGACAAAUGAUGGGUUACACAAAGUGUUUAGAAUGAGUACUGCAGUCCAGAUGGAAGAGAUUGUUGUUGCACAAACUCAAAUAUAGGCACUCGAUUGUGUCGUUACAUUCCUGCUUCAGGAUUGUGGGGUUUUUAUUUUUAUUUCUGUAUGCAAAAUGUGGGUGUGCGGUUUUCACGGUGAUUAAGCUAGCAAAUGCAAAAUAAAAUGUGAGUACUAGGCUGUAACGACUUAAAAAGCCCAUCCAGUAGCUGUGAUUAACUAGUUAAGGUUACCUUAUCUUAGUUGAAAGUCAACAGGUCAUAGCCAGCCAGCUCGGCAUGUCUUCUGGGCUCAAGGCAGUCUCCAUGUUUCAAAUGCCUCUCCAAUAUUAACUUAUUUGAAGGACACAAAGGCUUUUUUAGUCGGGUAGAACUUCUCUCCAGAUUUUCUUUCUUCCACGGAUUCAGCACUGUGCGUUUGUCUGAUUCUUCUCUGGUGUUGAAAUGCUAUUGGCUGUAGUAUGAGGCAGUGGGCGGGUUCAGACAGGCUCAAACACCAGCAAACAAACUGAAUACUUCCAACAAGAAUAUACAGGUUGUAGCCUUGUCAGAGAAGCUCGUAUUUCAAUUUGGCAUGCUUCCUUGAUCACCGAUGACAUACCGUGGUCGUUUUCUGAGUUUACUGUUUUCUGAGUUUACUGCUUCAUAUUACAUACCGCUCUUUUAACUCUCAUGACAAGCACAUUAAUGUGAGCCUGCAUUAAUACAUGAGAAUGUAUUUUACAAAAUAUUUAUUGUCAUGCUUGAUUAUUUUCAUGCAAAGAAAACCUGUUUACACCCAAACUAUGGCAAAACUAGCAUUUUGUAUUAAAUAAAUGGUCAUUAUUUUGAAGAAUUUAUUUUAAAUGGCUAUUUUUAAAUCAUCUAAAUAACGUUACAUAAAAAAAAAUUGCAACUCGCCAUAUGAAACGCCCCCACAAAAGGCAAAAUGUAAAUUUUUCACUUUUAAAAACAGUCCAGUGUGAAGUAGCGUUUCCAUCCUUUUGAGUUGUCGGAUGUUUUCUUUUUGGGUGAGACAAUAUGGCAGAUAAUGUCACAAAAACUUCAUGUAGUUACUGUUCUAGCGUUUAGAGAUUGGUGUUCAGAAUGAACGCAAGAUGGUCAGUCAUCACUGUAAGAGUGUAGUUUGACUAUAGGAAGGUGAGUAAUAAUAAUGAUUCUGGUUUUCUUAAUUCACUAAAUAUAUACUAGUUAUGAUACAGUACACCCACACUUUCUAAUGUGGGAGCUGUGCCUUUUUAAUUUGUUUACAAAAGGCUUCCUGCAGCACUGAACCUAUCAGUCUGUACACUGGUGUGAGGGACGAGUCACAGUUCAACAUGGACUUUCGUAGUAUUCCGUAUAUUUGGGAGUAUUUGCUUGUAUAAUUUUGAUUCCAUACUGUUUUUGCAGAUGCUAUAGCACAACUUGCAGUUCAACAGAAGCAAUAUUUUGCUUUCUUUUUUUCCUCUUUAGAGCUACCAGAUGAAAUCCAGUGCAUGCAUCUUUUAUUUUAUUUUUUUAAUGUUUAGCUUUGAGGGAGCAGUAAGUUUGCAGAUGUAGUUGUGGAUGAUUUAUUCUCUGUUACACACUAACAUGAACCCAGACUUUAAAGCAGCGGCUUUUACCUUAAUAAAAUAAUUUUGUGUGAUUGAGACAAAGAUGUCACUUAGACGGUAAUAAACACUAUGAAAAAUCUAUUUCCCACAGAUGCAAACUGAGAAAUGAUCAUUCUUAUGUCACAUAACCCAUAUGGGCAGUAAGUGUCAAAUGCAUUUUUCCCCCUUUGCUUUUUGUUCUUUUCUCACUUUUGUCCCUUUGUAUUUUAUCUGUACAGUACAGAAAGUGCAUAUUAAUUAACUUGUGGAAAUAAAUCUUAAAAUGGGCAUCA